AGUUCCCAGAGAUUCUCUGGGCGGCGCCGCUGAGACGCGUCUUAUGCAAAGUCGGCGGGGGCGCGCUAGUCUUCUCGAGGCAUUUUGGAGAUCCGCCUGGCGGUGUUUAUCAAAGGUUUUGGAAGACAAGAGUUGCUUCUUGCAUGUCCGGUUAUCUUCAGCCUCCUGCAGAGCGAACAUGCCAAGACCCCGGAAGAGGCUGACUGGGGCACCUGGCCCAGACAGGAAGGGGCUAUCAGAAAAACGUCCUAAAACUGAAAACUCAGAAAAUACAUCAGCUAAGCUAGAGAAUGCCAGCCCUCAGAAGACUUCAACCUCGAAAAACUGUGGCAAGAAUUUAAGCAACUACUGGCUGAUGAAGUCUGAGCCAGAAAGCCGGCUAGAGAAAGGUGUAGAUGUGAAGUUCAGCAUUGAGGAUCUCAAAGCACAGCCCAAGCAGACAGCAUGUUGGGAUGGUGUUCGCAACUAUCAGGCUCGGAACUUCCUCAGGGCCAUGAAGUUGGAGGAAGAAGCCUUCUUCUACCAUAGCAACUGCAAACAGCCAGGCAUCGUGGGACUCAUGAAGAUCGUAAAAGAGGCUUAUCCAGACCACACACAGUUUGAAAAAAAUAAUCCCCAUUACGAUCCAUCCAGCAAAGAGGACAACCCUAAAUGGUCGAUGGUGGAUGUACAGUUUGUUCGAAUGAUGAAGCGUUUCAUCUCCCUGGAUGAACUUAAAACCUAUCACCAAGCCCACAAAGCUACCGGGGGCCCCUUAAAAAACAUGACCCUCUUCACUCGCCAGAGACUUUCAGUUCAGCCUUUGACUCAAGGAGACGACACAGCACCCCAUUCUCCCUUUUCCCUUUGUAGAAGAGUUUGAUUUUAUUUUGACCCUCGAGGAAACAGAACCAAGUUAAUGAAGGCUCUACUGAUGAAUGAACAAGCCAUUGAUCCAGAGUCAAGAUAUGUAAGACAAAAGGAGAAAGCUUGCUGUGUCCACCUGGGGUCAUGUGCACAGGGGGUUUGUUCAUUUUUUUUUUUUCCCAAUAAAAAAAUAUUCAAUGACAA